GUAUCUGUUCAGGAAGAACCAGCGAUAACUUCGGCAUCUUCGGCUGCACAUCCGACGGUAGGGGAGAGGGACAACAACAAAAACUACUGUGAAUUUUGUUUGCAAUAGUCUGUCUGGAAAUGAUGUAUCACACAAAGCCCCAUUUCUAUCGACAACUGUUGUUGUUGUUGGUAGUGGCUGCCGCUACUUUUUCCUGUCGAAUAAGCAAUGGCUUAGUUUCGUCCUUUGCACCUGUGGUUUCGAUUGUUCCCAGGCUGCUGUUGUCGUCGUCGGUUUCAUGCGAGAGUGGUAGAUCAAUUUGCCUCCGAGCCAGAAGUAGUAGCAGCAACGACAACGAGAGUGACGAGGAGGACGAAGACAAAAUGGUUAGCGACUUCUUUUUCAAUAUUAGCAAAAGCAACCUCGACAGCAGCAACAAAAAUGGUCGGACCAGCAUGGAUGCCGGCAUCCAGGAAAUGGUCAGCGGUGGCACUAGUAGCGAUUAUUUCUAUUCCUUCGAUGGGAGCACGGACUUCCCACUCGACGAUUCAAGUGGGGACCAGGCCCAUUCAGAGAAUAGCAACAGCGACGUAGUUAUGGUGGUUGAUUGGGAGUGCUUGUUGGAUGCCCUGCCCUACCACGUCGAACUGGGCAUCCACGCAGCGCGGACGGUCUGGCCCCACCUCAACGACCUGUGCAACUUCGAUACCGACCGCCAGUGGCUGGAGAACAAGCUCUACGCCAUGUCCCACGUCCUCGGUUGUCCGAGCGACGGGCCACCCCGGCACGAAGGUCACCGGCACGUGGCCUGCGAGUUCGCCCUGGCCACCCGGCUCAUUCUGGAGGAACAGGCGCUGGACCGGAACGAGUCGACCGGCAAGAACGGCAAGUACUCGCGCAAGUUCCAUCCCCGAUCGGAAAUCAACGGGAGCGACAAGUUUCAGGAGGAGUCGCGGAGUCGCAGGCCGCUAACAGCCGGAGAGCUGGCCGUGAACUGGAGGGAAUUCAUCCGGUCGACCCUCAUCGUCAAGUACUCGAGGGGACCGGACGGGAAGCUUAAAAAAACGGAACCGACGCUCGAGCUGGAGCAAGCCAUCGAGGAAUACCUCACCACACCUUCGUCGUCGGAGAGCAAACCGUCCUUUGCGUCCAAACCGUUUCUCCCGUUGUUUCCACAAACAAAGUUUGCACUGCGCAACUCGUCGACCAAGAUAGUGAUUCGGAUCUCCCAUCGGUUCGACAACGAGCUUGUCGCCCGCAAGCUCAACAAACAGCUGCAACUAGGACCCCACGAACGCAUCGCAAAAACCUACAAACCGGAAAACGCGAUCCGUCGACUCUUUCUAAACGAAGACAAGAACCUUGUCUUGUUGUUGUCGCCGGAGCACUACAACGACGAUGGCAACGGCAUCGGCAACAGCAAGAAAUACGACAAUGGUUCUCACCAAAACCACGCCACGGAAGAAUCUUGUCUGCGAAGCAUCAUGAAGUUCGCACACCAGUGCAGCAACCGUUACCAAGAGAAAGGGGAAGUGGAAGACGUCACAACUCGCACUGCCACCACGAUCACACGGUCGCCAUGCAUCGUAUGGGUUGAUAGUUCUUGGCACCGCCUGCAGACUCUCGUUCCCGUCUUUGGCGACGCGAUACCUAGUCUGAAGAACGGCAAGAAAAACACGGCGGAAUGCACGGUGAUUGCAGCGGAGGAUCGCUCUCCCGGUACCGGAGAGGAGGACGACGGUGACGAAGACCGCACGAUCGCCCCGUCCUCGUCGGUGUGGCUGAGCCUGUACCUCGCGGAAUGGCCUUCCAUCGACAGCAGCACCUCAGCAUCGGAGACUGCCCGUGCCACGAUCCUCUCGACCACGUUUUCCGAGAACCACCAGGCAGCCAUGGUAUACCCAUGGACGGAUUGCUUGUCGUGGGACGACGCGGAAGACAUUUUGCUACCGGCCGACUGGGGAUUAUCUGAUACGGCAUUUCAAUGACACGCAAGUAACAAAGAAAGCAAACCAAACAAUUGGCGCGAAACAAAGUGAUGCAAAGGAAAUAGCAAAUACAAAAGAAACCAUUCUUGAUAUUUUUAUAGAGACGAUUGAGAUUCCCAUCAACCGAACAAAAUAACCCGCUAUGAAAUUCAACUACUGCCGAGUAUUACAAUACAAUAUACUAUUAAAC